AUGUUCACCGGCCUGGUCGAAACGCUGGGCACCGUCACCGCGCUGGUGGCGCUGGACCCAUCGACGUCGGGCGGCAACGGCACGUCGCUGACCAUCUCGGACUGCGCGUCGAUCCUGACGGACGCGGCGCUGGGCGACUCGAUCUGCGUCAACGGCACGUGUCUCACCGUGACGGAGUUGGAGCCGGCGCAGGCACCCUACACGGCGUUCAAGGUCGGCGUGGCGCCGGAGACGCUGCGGCGCACGAACCUGGGGUCGCUGCGGGAGGGGAGCAAGGUGAACCUGGAGCGGGCGGUGAGCGCGUCGACGCGGAUGGGCGGCCACUUCGUGCAGGGCCACGUGGACACGGUGGCGGCGAUCGCGGGGGUCACGCCGGACGGCAACGCGCUGACGUUCCGGCUGGCGCCGCGCGAGCGCGGUGUGCUGCGCUACGUAGUCGAGAAGGGCUAUGUGACGCUCGACGGCGCCAGCCUGACGGUCACAGCGGUCGACGACGCCGCGGGCUGGUUCGAGGUCAUGCUGAUCGCGUACACGCAGGCGCGCGUCGUCAUGGCCGCCAAGACCCCCGGUGACGAGGUCAAUGUCGAGAUUGAUAUUGUCGGCAAGCUGGUCGAGAAGAGCGUCGUCGGGUACCUCGAGGGCGCCGCGGGUCGGGACGCAGGCGGCGCGCCGGCCAUGCUGGAGAAGAUCGUGGGUCGGCUGGUGGAUGAGAAGCUGAAGACGGUGGUGCAGCAGCAGCAGCAGCAGCAGCAGCAGCAACGGUAG